CUUUUUCCCGCGAGAUUUCCCAUUUGCACCGAUAAUGACAUGGCGCAGGAAGUUGAAACUGAUGAAAGAAAACUACUAUGAAGACGGUUGAGAGUAUGUAUAGUAAUGACUGACUGUACCACAGAUGAUGCCAAUAUUCGGCAGGUCAAGGGGGUCUUGGCAGUCAUCAGUACCUACAUUAAACAGAAAAAAUACACCCUUGCAUUAGCAGAAUGUGAAUCUGCAAUUCAAACAUUUGGAGAACAUGAGAAGUUAAAAGAGAGGAAGAUAAAGAUUUUGUGCCACCAGGGGGACUUUGAUCAUGCAUAUACUAUAGCUAAACAAUGGUUCGAGGAUCAACCACAGAGUGCUCUAGCAGCUAAAGAAGUUAAAAGAUUACAAGUUGUUAUACAGGCCUUACAAGAUGAGGAUUCAGAUGAAGACGAAGAAGAUCUGGAAGAACAAGCAGCUGGCCCAUCAGAAGAUACAACUUCUUCAGUAAAUAAUGAAGAAAGAAGGAGUGUAUCUCCUGAAAAAGUGCCUAGCUAUAAUGAUGUCAGACCAACAGAGUUACCUUGUUGGUGUGACUUCUGUGACAUGAAAUUUACCUCAGAAACAGAACUAGAAACUCACUGUAGAAGUGACUUACAUAAGAAAAAGAUAACAUCAGAUGAAGAUGGGAGGUGGAGAUAUCGCUAUCCUCCUAGAGGUCUUUCCAGUGAGGAAUACACAUUAUGUAGAAAUAUUAUGGAAUCCACCAAAUGCCAUCUUGGUGAGAAAUGUACUCAGGCCCAUUCCAAUGAAGAACUUGAGGAAUGGAAAGAAAGAUUCAAGUACAAGAAAGAACAGAUGAAGCUUGCUAGAGAAAAACAUCUACAUGGUACUACAUAUGCUGAACAACUGAUGGAAAAGCUGGUUAAUAUGGAUAAUCCAAAGUCACUGAUGGUACAAAAUGUUGAAUAUGCAAAAAUCCAUUUGAACUCUGACCUGAAAGUCAGUAUGACAUCUAAGAAAUGCACCAAUGCUUGGACCUUUACACUAACUAGCAAGAUACCCCUACACAGAGUAACAUUGUUAGAUGACACAAACAGAAUUUACUUUUACAUUGCCAGUGUAUCUGUGGGACCAAAGAAAACCCAGAAAUAUCAAAAUAUAGAAAAUAACUGUCAGGAAUGGGUUAGUCCUGAUUAUAAUAAAUCUGCAGCGGAACAUGUUUAUAGAAUAAAGGUAAUAUUCAAGACAGACAUAUAUGGUACAUUUCGACAGACAUUGGUGUUUGACUUUGGUAUGGAGCCUUUAUUAAGUAGAGAAAUGCAGAUAGAAUCAGCUCCCAUCACUGAUACAGAAAAGUUGUCAAAAGAUCUACAAAUGACUGACCAAGGCAGAUGGACAAAUGAAAAUAUACAACUUACUGAAUAUGAAAAUAAAACUAAUGAUUAUUCGUUAGAUGAGAAGAAAUUGUUGACUAAAUAUAGUUUACCAGAAAGUGAUAAAUUUAGAAUAGCUGAACACUUGAUGCACCCAGCUUCAAAGGAAACUUACAGAAUCUGGAUGCAUGAAAUGUUAUAUUUAGAAGAAUGGGCUCAACUCGAAAAUAUUGCAAGGUACAAUGUCAAGACUGAGCUUCAGGUAGUAGAUAAAUUCAUGCUAGUGCCUGGUUCACUGAUAGGUGGGGCUAAAUAUGCCCAUGAGGGCCAAAUGUUUGCACGUGUGCAACUAAAAGAGAAUUUAUCUGAAGAUUCUGUUGGUGGAAGAUUGAUAAUGAACUCUCAAGUUGCUUGGUUAUCUGAAGUUACUGCUACACCAGUGCCAACAGGGGAACUUAGAAAAGUAUUUGAAGUUAUUGUUGAAGAUAAAGGAAAAGAUUUUAUAUUUUUACGAUUAUCAAAGAAAUGUGUAUCUGAUUUAGGAUUGAGUAACGAUGACAAUAUUGAAGUAGAGAUCCAGUUUCAGUUAAAUAGGUUAUCUAAGUGUGAGAUGCAUGCAGCAAUAGAUGGUAUAUCUACCUUAGAUUUAGUGUUUCCUCCUCCAGAUAAAAUACCCACAACCUUCUGGGCAAGUACAGAAAAAGAAUUCUGUGAUUUAGUGAGUUCAAAGUUGAAUAGUAAACAGAAAGAGGUGGUGUGUGGGAUAACUGCUGGUCGGGAUCUCAGCUUACCUCCCUUGUUAUUGCUUGGCCCAUAUGGGACUGGAAAGACUUAUACUCUGGCGCAGGCUGCCGUCCAAUCCUUAGAAGAUGAUAAUUCUAGAAUAUUAAUUUGUACUCAUUCAAAUAGUGCUGCUGAUCUAUAUAUAAAGGAGUUCAUUCACCCACUUGUAAAAGAAGGAAAUUUAAAGGCAGUUCCAUUACGUAUAUAUUAUCGUCAUCGUUGGAAACAGACAGUUCCAGAUGUAGUGCUACAGUAUUGUCCCCUAGAUAUGUCAGGGAAAUCUAACUUCCGAAUGCCUACCAAGGAAGAUGUAGAGAAGCAUCGAAUCAUCAUCACAACACUUAGUACAGCUAGAUACCUAUGUGACCUUAACCUUGAUAGAGAUGCAUUUUCACACAUCAUAGUGGAUGAAGCAGCCCAAGCAUUGGAAGCUGAAUGUUUGAUUCCAUUAUCCCUCGCUGGACCUCAUACCAAGAUUAUAUUGUCAGGAGAUCAUAUGCAGAUGAGUCCCGAGAUCUAUUCAGACUUUGGUAAACAACAGGGUUUUGAUAGAUCCCUAUUAGAACGUUUGUAUGACUUGUAUCCAGAUAAGUGUCCUUGUAGUAUGAUGUUAUGUGAGAAUUAUAGAUCACACAGGGAGAUCAUAGAUUUUACCUCUGAUCUUUUCUACGAUCAUCUGUUAGUAGCCAGUGGAAACCAGCCACCUCAUCCCAAAUACCAUCCACUUACAUUCUUUACUGUACGAGGAGAAGAUUUACAACAUCAAAAUUCUACAGGAUUCUACAAUGUCUCAGAGAUAUAUGAAGUAAUAGACAGAGUGACAGAUUUAAAGAAUAAUUGGCCAGAAGAGUUUGGUGAUAUUAAUGAUGGAGGAAUAGGUGUUUUAUGUCAUUAUGCUGACCAGGUGUAUAGAAUACGUUCAGAAUUGAGAAAAAGAAAAUUAUUUAAUGUCAGUGUGGAAAGAAUUUAUAAUGUGCAAGGUAAACAGUUUCGAGUUGUAAUAUUGAGUACUGUGCGGACUCGACAUACAUGUGAGACCCAGCAGGAGGACUAUAUGGACUAUGGUUUCUUGUCAAAUGUAAAGUUACUGAAUACUGCCCUGACUAGAGCUCAGUCACUAGUUAUUGUAGUUGGAGAUCCUCUGUCUCUUUGUCUAGUGGGAAAAUGCAGAAAAGUAUGGGAGUGUUAUUUAGAAGAAUGCAAAGAAAAUGGCAGCUUUUAUGGAAUGCCAUGGGAUGCCUUUAAAGCUCAAAUAGAAGCAGCAGAGAGAAGAAAGACCUAUGUGUUGAACCCUCUAGCUCCAGAGUUUGUACCUAACAGAUUAUAUCAUCCACAGCAUGGAGAGAAUACCAACAUACCUCCACACUUUGCAGCACAGGUCAACCAACAACCAUGGUAUUUAAUGGGACAAAGAAUGAUGUAUCCAGGCAUGCACCUACCAACUCAGCCACUACAGCAAUACAUGCCUUUACAGUAUCACCCAGGGUACUACCAGCCUUUAAUGUACAGACCCUAUUUACCACAAUAUGUUGGGGGUGGUAGAAUGCCUCAAGCUAAACUUCAUCCAAGAGGAGUAAAUCCUAGGUUACCAGUCCCAGUCCGAGCAGCAAAGAUAACUGACAAGGAUAAGACUGGGAGAGAAUCACCAGUAGGUGGCAAAAAAUCUGGUCAACGUAGAACCAUGAUGUAUGUGCCGAGAGGUCCUCUACCUUAUUACCCUGCUGUACACCCACAUUAUAAUCCAUACACCCCUGGGUUACCUUAUUACAUGGUUCAAGAAGAUCCUCGAAUGGCUGCCAUGCUUCGUCAUCCUUAUUCAAUCUAUCCACAGCAUCCGUAUCAUCCUGCUGGGAAUUUUAUUCCGUUUCAAAACUCUCCUCCAUCUCACGGCAGUGAUGAUGGUAGCAGACAUUCGGAUGAUGGUCGUGACUCAAGGUCAUUAUCACCAGCAACACAAGGACAAAAUGUAACACCAGGUACAUCUCCAAGCUCAACUAUAGCAGGUCAGCCUAUUCAUUUUCUGCCCAAUGUUAAACAUGUACCAGUUCAUUUGUUUGGUCAAAGAUCAAGAACUCCUACAGGAAAUUCAAGAUCGAGUACCCCGAGAGAUACAGAUUCUCCAUUGGACAUUUCAUCUGAAGUCAAAGCAGAGGCUCAGGGUGAAAUGGAUUACAUGGCAAUGUCUUUAGAUACACAUGAAAGAAGGUCUUCAGCUCAAAGUCCAUUAGGGAGAGUCAUUGCAUCAGCUCAGCGCAGACAAGAGGCAUCAUCUACUGUUACAACAUCUUAUGAGAGUAGAUCAGAAACUCAUACACCAACACGAUACUCUGAGGAGAGAACGCUAGCACAACAUAAAUCUGCACUGAAAAUAUCAACAGGAUUCAGUCGACAGUUUAGUGAGGAUAUGAAAACACCAACAGAAAUAAAGAACUUAGUUCAAAUGAUAGAUGACGAAUCUGCCGCAGACGAACGUUCAUUAAAGUCAACAAAUCCGAUUCCAAUACCGAAGUCUGCACGAACCAAUGAAAACUCCACAGGUUCAGCUCCAAGCCGAUUAUUUCUCAAGAUACCAACACAAAGAGAAAUAGCCGAAUCUACUGAAUCACUGUCAACAAGUUCUUCAGAAAGUAGCGAUGGAAGACAAACUUAUGCAAGAGUUGUACGCAAACGUUUACCCUCAGGAAGUGGUGAUAUAGAUAAUAUAGAGCCUCAGACACCACACACACCCGCUGGUUUUACAACUCCCGGAGCUGAAGUGGAUACAGAUCCUCUGGGGAUUCUUAGGAAUCUUACCAUCAACUCGUCCGCUGAAAAUCAGAGAACAUAUAAGUACUUCUCAUAGAGAAUUGGUCGUCAACAAAAAUGUUAUUAUUUACAUUGUUGUAUGUUGAGUUUUGUUAUGAACUUGUUUUUAUUUGGUUUUUAUGUAGGACAUGAUUCUUAUUAUUUUGGACUAUCAAGAUUUGAAUGGUUGGCAGCAGUCUUCAAAGUAUAAAAUAUGCCAACUAUUAGAAAUGUGUUGAUAUAUUGAUGAUGGAGAUUAAUGUUAAUCUUUAUAUUGACAAAUAUAUUGUUUCUUAUGUGUAAUUGUAUAUGUUAUAAUGCCUUUGAUAAUAAGCUUAAUGGAGUUAGACCAGGGUUAAAGGGAGAUAAGUUGUUAGUCAUUAUUUUAUUUAGAAAAUGUGGUUACAUAAGUGAUUUUAAUAUAUUUAUGUGACAAAUUUUCAAAAUAAUCUGUAACCUAAAAGAAGAAUAUAAAAAUUACUUUUUACACUAGUGAUUUUUCAAGUUGUUUCUUUAGACUAGGUCUAGCUCCUGAAACAAUGUAAAGAAUAAUUAUUUUUGUAGCAGAGGUAGUUAAAUAUUUUUCCUUAAACAUAUUGUAGAAAUGUUGUAGUGGUAGCUAGAUUAACAUUUAAUUCUGUAUAUUCAUAGUGCAUAUUUACUGGCUUGAUUUAAAUAUGAGGGUCCAAAAAUAGACUGAAGUUAUUUUAUGGGCUACUUUGUCAACCAUAAAUAUUAAUUUGUUAAAUUUAGAAAAAAACAUUUGUAACAGAAAAUGCCCAGAUCAAUUUGAAAUCUGUUUUUGGAUUCUCCAUUUAUUAAGAUAGAAACUAUAUAUAGUAGUAAAUUGCACUUGUGUUAUUUUGGGUUCAGAUUUAAAUCUAUUUAUAUGCUGCACGUUUUUUUUUAUUAUUAAAAUGUAUCAAAGUUUUUGAGUAUACAAAUGACUAUUGUUAUAUAUAUGAUAACAUGUGUGUGAUUUUAUUCAGUCAUUAUUUACUAUUUUAAAAGGAAAAUUGGCUUUUUUGAAAAAAGAUGUUUUUUUUAUUAAAACAGGUAUAUUGUACUUUCUUAUAAAUUAUCAAUAUAUGUAGAGUACUUCUUUCUAAAGUGUUGAUUUUAAUGACAAUUAAGUGAAAUGGUAUGAGAAAUGACACCAUGAACAUUGUCAUUGGUGCCAGGUUACUGUACUUCUAUACAGAACAAUUUUUGAAAAUAAGCUGCAUUAUCUUUCUUUGUGCUUAAAGAAAUAUGAAUAUAUAUUUUUGCAUACAGAAUUAUUUUUGAAUACUGAUCAUUUGAAAUAUAGUUGACGUUUAAAGAAAAUGUAUAUGAUAUAUAAUGAUAUAUUUGCUUAAAGCAUUAUAAUAGCAAUCAUAUAAAUUAUUUGAUGACUUCAUAAGUGCUAAUAAAAUAACCAUUUACAGACUUUUUCUUUUUGUCAAGAUACCUCAGCUUAAUUGACAAUCUUUAAAACAAUUAUCUUAUUUUAAUGUUACACCUUCUAUUAUUGUACAUUAAAAGAUGCAAACAAGUGCUACACAGUAUCCCUCUAGUCCAUAUAAAGUCCUGAAUAAAUGCUAAAAGUUAAAUUAAGCAAAGUGCUCUUUUUGUUUUCUAAUGUUUAAAGUAAAAAAGUGUCUUGUUGAUCUCAAAGGAACAGUCUUACAUAGGCAGAUUUGAAAACAUGAAUAAAUUAACUUACAGCUUUGGGAUGCACAGUACAUGUAUAAUCAUAUCUAAAAAGCCAGAAAAAUAACCAUAAUUAUAAACGCUCUGGACUAUAGUCUCACCAGAACAGAUAUAUGCUGCGAAUAUAGCAAUGCAAUUUAUUAUACUAAAUAUUAGAACAAUUAAUGGAUAGGUUAUUAUGUGUACAGAUUAUUAUGUAGUUUGUUAUAUGUAACGAAAGUUUAAAAUAUUUAAUACCUAUCACCAUGUUAUUAAUAAUGAGAGUUUAUAUACAUGGGUCCUGCAAUAGUAAACUAAUAAUCUACCUUAGAGCUGCGAUAUAUUCUGUAUGCCUUGCAGGUCUAUUUUUGGGGUGGUACUAGUUAUACUUUAAGAUAUAUAUAUAUAUACAUUGGAACUGAUACUGAAGUAUGUUUAUGCAUGUAUCUCCUCUACCAAGUCUUGAUGAAUCUGUUCUUUAAGCAUAUGUUUAUUUUAUGAACUAUUAAAGAUGAAUAUUUUUAUGUUUAAAUUGAAAAGUCUUCGUAAUGCAGAUAAUGGGCAUUGGAAAAGAUUAUUUAAAAUUAUUAAUCAAGAUGGCAUAAUUGUUUCUUUAAACUUUAUUUUCUUAAUUGAUCAUUACAUUUAAGAAAAAAAAAGAGUUUAGAUAGCAAUACCUUAAACUUCACCAUGUAUUCAUAUCUAAAAGAUAAAAAAGUAAAUAUAAGUGUGUGUUUUCAAAUGCAAAAGUUGCUUAUCUUGAUAUUGUUUUAUCUUCAAAGAAACAGUUAAGUUUUAUUUUUUAUUUGAUCUAAUUUACUUGAUUUAUGAAAUUCUUACACAAUUCCAAUAUAGUAAUGUAAUAAUGGUUUACACUGAAAAUAAUUGUGUGGAGUUUGGGGAAAAAAUUAUCACUUAGUAAAUUAAAAGAUUUUCAUAAUUUGAUCAAAAAGUGUUAAGUUUACUUCCUUAAUGACUACACAUUGUCUCUUUAAUGUGCUAUGAAACAUAAAGGUCCAGUCAGAAAGUGUCAAUUAAUAUGUGGAUUUUAACAACUACUGGAUUAAGCCUGUAUACUGUUGCUUUUGUCAAAUAAUUCAUUGUUUUGAUGUUGGGUUUGUUAUUAUUGUAAUAACUUGGGUGUAAGCUUUAGGCAAAUGCAGUAUACUUAAUGUGAUUGCUCAAGUAAAAAUUAAACACUACAAUAUUAGGAAAGGAGUAUCAUGAUCUCUGCCUCCACAAUGUACCGAUUGUUGAAUUAUAAAACUUAAAUCCAGCUUUCAUUUGUUUUCAAUGUAAAAGGACGUGAAGUAUUUGAAGUUUUCUAGUUUGCAAUUGAUAUAUAUAUAUUGUGUAUAUUGUAUGAAGGAUGAGUUGCUUUUCAUCAAAAAGUGUUGGUAAUAGCAAUGUUUAUUACUGAUUAUUCUGCAAGGGUUUGGUAAAUUUACAGUGAAAUGUUGGCAAUUGAAUGGGGCUAAACAUAAGAUGCAUGCAAGGGUUUCCUGUCAAAUUGAUCUUUAAUGAAUAAACCUAAAAAUAAUUCAUGAAUUAUUUGCAAUAUAGAUAAAUAAUAAGUUCUCACUUAAAUUAAUGGUUUCAGUUGGGUUCAAUAACAUCAGAAAACAUAAUUUUAAUCAAAGUGCUUGAGCUUUCACAAUUAAGUAUAUAUAAGAGUGUAGAAAUAAUUCUGGAUUAUAAUAAUUUUAUAAUGAUAAUAUGGACUUCGUACCCCUAAUCAAAUAUAAAAUAUAGCUAUAUUUAAAUAAUACUGAUAUUUACAUGUGUAUAAUUAAUGUAUGUAUAGAUGGAUGUAAUUUUACCAUAGUUCUUGCUUGUUAUAUUGUUGUACUAAUGUUAAAAGCUUAUUUUGAGUGUUGCCUAUUUAUUUUACCAUCGAAUAAUGGUAAUGGUGUUAUUUUUUCCUUUUUGUACAUUUGAUAUUGUGAUACAAAAAGUUGCAUGCAAUUUAUUACUUCAGAUUCUGGUGUGGCGGCCAUUUUCCUUCAGCUACUGCUAAUUGUAUAUCAUGUUUAAUGACAAUGGACCUUUAGUAAUUGUUACUUUUUGUCUGCACAAUUCAUAAAAUAUUGAUGUUUUUUUAUCUGCAUCUGAAAUGAUGUAAGAUCAAAGAUCAUGGAAAGUUUUAUAUCACUCUUAGUUUGUUGUGAUUGUAACACAUUUACUAACCCCAAAACAUUGUCAUUUAUAAUCCCAAGGUCACUGAGGUUAUAAAUCUAAAGGCUAAUUCACACAUUAAGAUACUGGAAACAUGUUUUGAAAUUUUAUUUCCAUCAGAGACUUAAUAGGUUAACAAAUUAAAGCUGCACAAUAAAUUAAAAGCUUGCAGUAUAUUCAAGUGCCUUUAAGAUGAUAUUUCAGUGACCGUAUUUCCAUGAAUCAUUCACGAUUUGGUUGAUAUAUAAACCUGAAGUGUCCAUAACAUGAAAUAUAGUUAGCAGUGGUUGUAGAGAAAAUGUCCUGACUGUUACACUAAAGUUUUAGACUUCAAGCUAUAUAUAGUAUUUAUAUUCCUUGCUUUGUAUUCACUAGUGAUUAAAUGUAGUUAGCACAGAAACAUUGUCUUUGUUUUCUAUUACAGAAUAAAGUUGACAAUUGA